GGAAGGAAACGGUCGGGAAAGGCCGAUGUAGCUUGGGUGCGGCCUCAGUAAGGCUGCUGUAAAAGAGGAUCAAUAUCAAGCGGAUGAAGCUUGAGAUGCAACUCACGUAUUUACAUUGCACGAGCAGUAAGUAAUAUUUAAGUUUUGCGAAAUAAUUUAGAGAGGACCAACAACCAAGUCAAGUCUGUCUGGAAUGCGUGAAGCCGUAUCUAUUGUAGUCCUCCUGCCUUUACCACGGACUUAGAUACAGUUAGACAUAGAAGUUAGUACUAGAAUUACGAAAUCGCUAUCGCAUAAAAAAAAGAAACUUUUCUCAGACACCUAGCCACUCCUCUAAGUAUCUCUAUCUUCCUGCUGGGGAAUCAAUUGGUUCGUCGACUUCGAAGCAGCAGAAUAAGAAUGACUAUCGGAACGGCGCACCAGAUGGGACAACCGCUUCCCGCCCUAUUUACCAAUCAAAAGACCUCAUGGCAACUGAGCACUCACUGCAAUCAAAACUGACGGCAUUCUUAUCACUGAUUUUCGGGAAACUUUCUUUUUGCUUUCUGUCGGGGCUACUUUUAUCCUUUACUAUACUAUACGAUUUCUUCCAGUAGAGAUAACGAAGACAUUCAUCAUGCCGGCUCUGAAUUUGCUGCAUAAGUCUGCUGCACGGGACUCGUGGAGGACGGAUUUCGCAACCGCGCGACACUAUGGAGAGCUGCAGAUUCCCGGAAAUCCGCACUGCUGGCAAAGAUUGGAAUCGAAGCAAGUAAGAAGGCUCGUUGCAGCAGGAUCUUCUGGUUCUGCCAUGGAACAAGGAAGAACGGAACAAGGUCCGAUUGGAGUAGCAGUGGCAUCCAUGGCCGCUGGUGAGGGAGACACAGAAAGCACGACUUUGCAAUGCUACGUUGCCAGAAGUGGUACUCCUGCACGCGGUCUCGCCGAUGGUGCAGAGCAUCGUCCCCCAACAUUUGGCGACAGCAACAAAGAGCAUCAAAAUGCCGGUCCACUUGUUGAUGUUGGCCGCUCCCACUGCGAGCCCUCAACGCAGCAGACGCAGGAGUUGAACCAGCAGCCGAAUGUGCCGCGCUUUUCGCGCAUCCUCGGAACCAAGCGCGCACCGUACCGACGGAGAAAGGACGAAGUCAAAUCUGCGCUGCAUUGGGGGCAGCGCAAACUGUUUUUGUCCGAGCUCGAAUUUUUGUUGGACGUUUGUUUUCCGAAGAGCAUGGGGUUUGUUGGCAAGACCGAAAAUGUUGCAUCACGGCCCUCGUGGUCAACACCCAGUGAAGAUGACGGGAGCUGCUUUUCGCUGUCCGAAGCACUUUUGGCGCAGCUGCAGGAACGGCUGCUGGAAAAUGUGGAAGCUGCUGGAUGCGAAAAUCAAGGAUCCGCCCCGGAGGGAGCAGAUGGAACGCCACAAAAGAACAACUCAGCUUGUUCUGCUGUGGCGCUGGCUACACUGGCAGACCUACCUCUGGUCGGACCUGAGCCAAGUACACGUGCUUAUCCGAAUACUAGAGACAGACACAGUUCUUGCGCUGACGUCGAUGCAGCUACAUCAACUGCAGCAGACCUACUCGAUAUUAGUUCCCUGAAGCAGAAUUUUGACUCCGUCGGCGAGAUCCUCCCCCGGUCCCCCUUGCUGGCCCACGACGACAAGGCUUUUUUCCUGGUGUACUACAUCGGCGCUGCCCCCGGGGAGCACAUUGCCCUGCUGGCGAAGUGGUUUGCGGCGAAUGUGUUUUUCGUUCUGUACGACCCCAGGCCCUUUAACGUUGUGUCGUCUUUGAAGAAUGAAGCUUCUUCUCGCAAUAGAGGUACUAGCACGACAGCGCUAGUAGUGGACUGCGAAUACAACGAAGACGAGGACCCACAUGGUUCCGAUUGUCCGACCACGACAUCCACCACCUCUCACCCCGACCUGCUCGAGUUCUUACGCACCAACCACGCCGAGCGGAAGCUGCCCUAUGUGGGUGCGGACGAGCACAAGCAUGUCCGAUUUCUGCAGGGCUCGACAGCGACGGUCUACGGCGGGGAAAUGGUUCUACCGAACGUGGAGUGCCGACAGCGCAAAUUCGACCUGGACACGGAGUUUUUUGUGCUCCAAAGCGACAGAGAACGGUGGCCCAACGCAAAAGUGUUGCUGAUUUCCGACAUUCGGUCCGCGGAUCCACGCGAUUUCCCCAAUGGUGGAGUCAGUGGGAGUGGCAGUAGCAACAUUGGAGGAGGACAACCGGCGGCCGAUGGGGGCGGGCCAUCGAAGGGGAGAGGGAGUAGUGCAGGGAUACGCAGAGGAAAAGGAAAUCUGAAGCACCAAACGGAUAAUCAGACGAAUUCUACUCCUGCAGCUGUGUCUGCCUCGGAAGUCAACACGACAACAUCAAGAAGGGAAGGCCUUGUUGAUUCUCUUGGGGACACGAACAAACACAGGAAGCACACAAGCUUCACCGAAGACUCUACGACCGCGGAGUCAGCUGCUGGGAUGAACAAGAAAAAGCAGAAGUUCGUCGAGAGGAACAAAUCGAGAGCGGAAAGUAGGACGGGCAACAGCACUGGUCGGGGGGGAGGCGAUGCAUGUGUGUCCGGCAGUAGAUCGGGGCAACAAAACACGACAUCCAAUUUCGAAGACUUUCUCUUCGAGGAUUUGUAUGCCCAGCAAGACUGGGUGGAAAAACUGGACCCGGUCUUGGCGAUGCUGAAAUUUCGCCUCCCCUACCAUGACGGCAGCAUGUCGUAUACACAUUUUUAUAGCUUAGUGGUGCUUUUCCUCUUUGUCUUUCGGGUUUCUUGAGCACUUUCGCCAUUCCUUGUCGUUGUCCUCGAAGUGCGCCGUCAUGCUCAUGACUCUACAAUGCAAAGAGAAAGAACUCAUCUUCAAGCACACAAAAGCUCAAGCAAGAUCGGAAUUUGAAAGCAGUCGUCCCUUUUCACUGCAUAUCGACAGGUACCUGGAUGGCGAGAUGCGGUUGCCGAUGUUUGCGCCGCAGACGUCCACAGAAUGUCGGCUCGUGACGUAUGCAAAGGCUGGGAAAAAGCUGUACGACUUUACCGAACACGGUGAGCAAAUGUUUCACUUCAACACGGAACAGCGGGUGCACUGUUACGCGUUUACGUUUAGUAGUUUGACUGACCACGACCACGACGACAUGGUUUUUGGGAAGUGUAACAACGCUCCGUCGUGCCGCGAGACCACAAGGUCCCGGGGAACCCACGACGAGCAAGUCGCGUUCCGCACCGAGGCGCUCGACCACGGGCUGGAUAAUUGCUACGAUUGCACCGCGGAAAAGUCUCUGCUAGCUCGGCUGGUGGCGAUCUACCAGGCUGCAGCUCGAAACAGGCGGAAGUUGCUACGCCAAGAUGAGGACGAAGACCUAGAAGACGACCGCUCAGCGAUGGAUCUGUUCGACAGCUGCCCUCGUUCGCCCGACGACGACGACCAAGCAGGGGACACGGAUAACUGCGACCAGCAAUUACAACCACAACAGCUGCUCCGCCUUCCGGACGCAAAAACCCUGUUUUGGCUACUGCACAAAAAGAUCACCCAAACCUGUGGGGCCGCGCGGGGGCGUACGAUGUUCUCGACCCUGGUCUCCCCCGCAGACGCUUACGCAUCGUGGCACAGUAAAAGCGCAAGGACCCACUACAAUUACAGCAGUAACAUCAGCAAAAACCAAAGUAUUGGUGCCGAUUCAUUUUCGGGUCCCGAUGCCCGAACAGGGCGGCAGGGAAAAAAGCGGCGCGCACUGACGGUUACGUCCUCAACUUCCACCACCGCAACAUUGAAUGACGCGACUUCUGAGCAGGAGAACCUGCACCAAAGUAAGCGGCAUAGAGCGCAGCACCGGGAGGGAGAAGCGAAACACGAAUUAUCUACUGUAGUAGCGUGACCGACAGGCUGCAUUUGACUAGCAUUCGCAAGCGUAGUUAUACAACUGGGCUCCAGAAUACGAUUUUUCCUUUUCGGUAUUGACAAUUAAAACCUACACCACCAUUACAAGAAAAGGAGAACGACACACACAGGGCCAGUACAACUUUAAACUAGAAUACACUUUUUUACCUGCAAAUACAGUAUUUUUUUAACCUCGUCCAGCUUGCACGUUUUACGUCCGUCUAUAAUUUCGGAUCUCCGCCCCCUUCGCUGAAAAGAGAAAGACGCGGUCAUGCAUCCAGACACCGAGAAUAAAAGUAUCAGUGGAAAAAUAUUGUAGUCGAGCAGCAGCUUCUGUUUCGAAAAUUUAUGCGAGAAUGCAGUCCCAUUAGUUUAGCAAAAGAUUAAGAUGCGGCUUAAGUGUGAGAAUCUGGUAUCAGCAGGCCGUUAAAACCACUCGGUCGCAAUUAUUGUCAGAUGAGCAAUCAGCACAUUCAUUGCAUCUCAGCUUCUGAUAUUAAACAUGUUUUUCUUGUGCGAUGCCAACGUCGACGACCACUCCAAGAAGCGACCUGGCGACUCCUCGUCCCUGCCACACGCAGUAAUUGGCCAACGCAAUGCCAGCAGCAGCAACCGUUGGUUGCAGCGGUUUUGGCGGGGGAGGACUAGACAGCAUCGCAUACGCGGCUGUUGCGCCCAGAUUUAUUGAAGGCGACACGAAGACCACGAACCUACAAGGUCAACAACGGCCUGACGGUUCAGUUUCACUAUGUAUCCUUCUCUUUGACGCCACCUGUGAAAUUGUGUGUAAGUACAACGACUGCAACGCCUCCUUUUCCACCGGGUGAUAGGCACUAGAAACGGUGAUGAAAACGGAACUUAUGACAUACGACCAUCUAUACGACAUUUUCGAACAUGCACGCACACGGACUCAAUCGCAACAAGUACAUAAUCAUAAGCAACAGAAUCGCGAACUACCAAACGAAAGCGGAAACAUGGAAAAACCUUGCUAAACAU